GUUACGCUGCUGCUGGUGCAUCUAAUUCUUGAAUAAGAUUAGGAUCCCUAGUCAGUGAUAGUAAAUUAUGAAUUGUGAUAACCUCUUAGGGUUUGUUUGGAGUCUCAGCCUUUAUUUUCUUCUUUCCGUCUUUGCUUUAAUGAUAUACUCAGACUGAUAUUAGAUUGUUUUUUCCCAAAGAUUUUUUAUUUUUCUUCUUUGUGGAUAACAUGUAGUUUUAUCAGGACAAUUAUUGCUCGAUUUUGUGCUUGUAACUUGUUAGACUGUUUCUUUUUUGUUAUUUCUACUGUGCAAAUUGCACCGUUUUAAUUCCUUGGACAUCUUUUUUAUUCUGUUCUUGGCUUUACAAUAUACAAACUUGAUUUAACGCAUAGUUGUCAAGGGUGAGAGGCGCAAACCCCUGUCCUUGGACAAUAUAAACUGGAUUAAGCGUAGCGCCCACAAUCCCCAAGGGUACUUUACUUGGGUCAGAGAAUGGGUGGAAGCUCAAUCGACAAUGACUGGGAAUUCACUUCCCCUUCUAAUGGAGUUCGGACUGUGGUUUUGGUUGGACGUACUGGCAACGGGAAAAGUGCAACAGGCAAUAGCAUCCUUGGGAAAAAAGUGUUCAAGUCAAGGUCUAGCUCUGCGGGUGUUACAAGUACUUGUGAGCUGCAGAGAACUGUGUUGCAAGAUGGCGAGAUUCUUAAUGUCAUUGACACACCUGGAUUAUUUGAUUUUUCUGUCGAAUCUGAAUUUAUUGGCAAAGAAAUUGUCAAAUGCAUCAAUAUGGCCAAGGAUGGUAUCCAUGCUGUUGUUGUAGUUUUCUCAGUCAGAAAUCGCUUUUCGAAAGAAGAGGAAGCUGCUCUUCGGAGCCUACAGACUUUGUUUGGGACAAAGAUUAAUGACUAUAUGAUUGUCGUCUUUACCGGUGGGGAUGAACUUGAAGAAAAUGAUGAAACAUUGGAAGAUUACCUAGGUCAUGAGUGCCCGGAGCCUUUGAAGGAAAUCUUAGACCUGUGUGAAAACCGAAGAGUUCUGUUUGAUAAUAAGACUAAGGAUGAAGCCAAGAGAGAAGAACAACUUCAGCAACUUCUCUUCUUUGUAAACAUGGUCAUAGAGAAGAAUUGUGGUCAACCAUAUACGGAUGAGUUAUUUGUGGAAUUGAAGAAAGGAGCUAUGGAACUACGCAAUCAGACAGAAAAAGUUAAUUCUUUGGAGGGUUACUCGAUAGACAAGAUAUAUGAGUUGAAGGAGCAGAUGCACAGGUCCUAUGAUGAGCAGCUCAAGAAAAUAACUGAAAUGGUUGAAUCAAAGCUCAAGGAGACUACUAACAGGCUUGAACAACAAUUAGCGGAAGAGCAAGCUGCACGAUUGAAGGCAGAAGAGAUUGCUCAAGCUUCUCAAAUGAAGUCAAAUGAUGAAAUCCGUAAGCUGAGAGAGCAUUUGGAGAGAGCUCAGAAGGAGACCGAGGAGCUUCGCAAGCAAGCUGCAAGGUGUGCUAUUUUGUGAUGACAUGAGGACACAAGUGGUUCAUUUUCUGGAGCAAUACAGUGGCAAGUUCUUUUGAUGCAAAAACAAGAAAGCCCUCUACUCUCUUUCUCUCAGUUAUUGCUCCAUUACAUGUAUAAAUGUUCAAUACGGUGAUACUAUAUCCUAAUUGGUUAUGUCUAAAUAUUUCGAAAGUAGUAUUAUAAUUUCGAAGCUUGUUCUCAUC